AGGGUUCAAUACAAUCUACAGUAAUAGUUCAACCCAAAUAAAAAAAAAAAAAGAAAAAACUCAUAAUCAAUAAUUUUCAGUUUUUAUUGUUGAUCAAAGCUUCUUAAUUUUCGAUAAAGUUGGUGAUUAGUUAGAGUUGGUAAUAACAGUAACUUAGAAACAGUAAAAUGGCGUCUCAUGGUCAGAGUUACAGAGCUGGUGAAUCUGCUGGUGUAGCUGAGGAGAAAGCUAAUCAAGUGAUGGGCAAGACAAGGGGGGCAACAGAAGCAAUGAAGGACAAGGCCCAAGAAGCCAAGGACAAAACAAUGGACACAGCCCAAGCAGCAAAAGACAAGACUUCUGAAAAGGCCCAAAACACAAAGGGCCGAGCCCAGGAAUCCAAGGACCAAACCGGAGGGUACGUAGCAGAUCAGGCCCAAUCCACCAAGGAUGGGGCCGCUGGAAUGGCCCAAACCACAAAGGACAAGGCCUAUAAUGCAGCCCAAGUCACCAAGGAUAAGGCAUAUAAUGCAGCCCAAGCCACCAAGGAGAAGGCCUCGGAAAUGGCGGAAGCCGCGAAGGAGACGGCGGAAGCCGGGAGCGAGAAGACUGGAGGGAUACUCCAGAGAACCGGAGACCAAGUGAAGAGUAUGGCUCAAGGUGCAGCUGAUGCUGUUAAGAGUACUUUUGGGAUGGAUGAGGCUGAGGAGGAUGAAUUCGAUGAGCCCAUUAAGACUACUAGGCCCAAUAGGCCGUAGAAUGAGUGUAUUAGUUUGUUGGGCCUUUUAUAGAAUUGGGCUUUUAAGUUUGGUUGUUUGUCAUUGUGGUUUUGUUUUGUUGUAUUUAUAUUUUGGACCCAUUUUAGGCUUUAUGACAUGAGAGUCUUAGAGUGACUUCACUUUGUUUAUCAUUCUGUAGAAUCUUGGGAUUAGGGGUUGUGGUGAUAUAAGACAAUGUUCAGUCCCAACACAUGAUAUCAAAAAUUCGGUUUAGCACUA